AUGCUCUUCGUCCACUCGUUCUAUUUCACAAUAGUUGCCAUACAGUUGACUUCUGCACAUGCCUGGAAGGGCCCUUCCGGUAGCGAUAAAUAUGUUACCAUCACAACAACAAAGACUCAUUACGUGUGUCCGUGCGACAAGAGUUCGCAUGUUACUCCACAGCAGACAGCCGGUUGGGGAGACUGGGAAGAAUCGACUCCUUCGACGGUCCAGCACCAGAUCGAUUCCACAUCACACAACCUCGACCACUCUUGCGCCCUCCGGCAGCAGCACGCCUCCGGUUACAUCAAUUACGAGCACAAGCUCCACGGCGUCCAUCACAACUUCUGCAUCUACUUCAACCUCUCUUAUAACAACUUCUUCAUCUACCACGACUUCUCCGUUCACCACCUCUUCAUUGACCACCAUCUCUUCAUCGACCAUCACCUCUUCAUCGACCACCACCUCUUUAUCGACCACCACCUCUUAAUUGACUACCAACUUUUCAUCGACCACCACCUCUUUAUCGACCACAACUACUUCAAUUACCACAACCGCCUCAUCUACUACAACCUCUCCGGCUGCCACCACUUCUUCUACUACAACCUCUCCCACUACCACCACCAUUUCCACUACUACCACCUCUCCUAUUACAACGACCUCUACGACUACAACAACCACGUAAGGUAUAGACUAAUGGAUUUCGAAAGAACCUUCAACUCCUGCCCAACCAGCAACAUCUACGCAAUCCAAGACAGUGCCGACAACAAUUUUGCCCGUCUUGAAGCAUCGGCCCCUGACCAAUAUGCCAUUGUCUUUGAUCAAGCCACGAUCGCGACUGCCGUCGAGUUCUCUUUCGUCCUCAACGGUGAUGGCACAUGCAGCCUCGUCGCCCCUGUUGCCGCACCUGGAGACUUCAGUUACGUGAUCAAUGACCCGGGCCAGUUUUCGCCCUUCAACUUCAUCGACUUGACAAAUGUAGGCGUUCAGGCAGCAUACGGCGAAGAAGUCACGCCGGUAGACUGCACGAUAGACACAUCAAACGUGCUCCACUGUGUGGUCCAAGAUCUAGACGUGUUGCAGCUAUUCAGUGGUGCAUUGGCCAUAGCUGCCGUUGACGAGGGGACUGGCCCGGCGACGUUCACCGUGGUGCAGAUCUUGUAG